GCAGCUUUCAGGAAUGGCCUGCAGAGCGCGUUCCACUCUUCAGCUCUCCAUCUGUCAAAAUCAUAUGAUUGUUUGACAAAACAACAUUUCCAUCACUACGCAAAAUUUUCGUCGCGACGCGAGUCAUUCAAAAUUAUAUAAUUUUCGUAAAAAAAUUCAGCGAUGAUCCGUGGUGUCUGCAGCAGUGCCCCGUUUGUUUUGGGAGCUGCCGUCGUCGCAAAAGCUUCAGAGGAAACCGGUGCCAGCAGCAAAGGAGCCGACAACAAAACGAAACCGAUUAUCUGCAAGCCCUCGGAGCUUCCUCUCUACCGGCCAAUCAAUCAGAAAAUUGCUUGCGAAUGCGAAGGCCAUAAGGCGAGUACUCCCUCCAAGCCGGUUCAGGCAAUCGAGGAGGGAUUCCGUGUUGUGCGAGUGCAAUUGUCCGAGGCGUCCCACCUGCUGACGGAUCAGAAGAAGCAAGUAGUCCAGUGGUACGAGGAUGGGAAGAAGCAAACGAAAUUCAUCCGUGAUUAUCUAAAUGAAGAGGACAACACGAUGCCCCGCGUAGGAGCAGUUGCCAUCGGUGGUUUAGCUGGUCUAAUUUUCGGCCUCCGAGGUGGGUUCAUUCGUCGUUUGCUGUACACGUCGGUGGGUGCCGGUGGCGUCGCGUCCGUAUGCUAUCCCCAGGAAGCGGAAAUGUACGCCCAGCAUGGAUUAGUAGAAGCGAAAAAAUAUGCCACCAUCGGCUACAACUUUGUGUACGGUGUAAAGCCAGGCGAUAAACAACUAGAACUGCCAACAAUUCCAACCAGCAUGGGUGAACUAAAAGAUAGCGUUUCGGGACUAGCCAAAUCUGCCUACAAUGCAGUGUUUCCGGAUAAAAAGUAAAUUUCGGACAGUGUUAAGCUUAUUUGGAUGUGUUGACUUCUUUGGAAAAUAAAAUGCGGUGUAGUAAAUUA